AUGGCACCUCUCACCACCAAUGCCAAGGUCCCAGCUCUCGAUGAGCUACUCGAUGGCACACUCGACCAGAUCAUCCGAGACUUUGCCAAAGACGGGGGCAUCCCAGGCGUGUCCCUGACUAUCCAUUGUCACGCUUCAGCCGAAGGACCUGGGGAGACUGUCUUUCGAUCGUAUGGGAUCGCUCACGGCGACGAGACAAUCACUCCCAAGACCCAGUUCCCGCUCUGCUCCAUAUCAAAGACCUUCGUAUCCCUCGCUCUCCUUCGUCUCCUUCAUGAGCACGGAUACAAUGAGGACACGCUCGUUCGAAACAUCCUUCCAGAGUUCCGGCUCUCCAACGAGACCGAUGACAAAGCGAGGGUGACCUGGGCGCACGUGCUCAGUCACACUACCGGUCUCGAGACAGACAGUGGCUUCUGGGCUGAGAUCACUGCUCGAGGAGUCUCUCUUUACGACUACCUCGCUGCAGCUCCCUGUGCAAACCCUCCCGGCGUGAAGUUCUGCUAUUCCAACAUUCUUUACGAUCUAUGCGUCCCGGCGAUUGAAGCUCUCGCGGGUAGCUCUGUCGACGAUUAUCUCGAGCUCAUUUUCUUCAAGCCGCUCGACAUGUGGUCCACAAGCUUCAAGGCGGAGGGAGCUGGGGAUGCGGCGGAAGGGCAUAUCCGAGGCGAUGUGGGCUCGGGCGAGCCGAAAGGGAAGGCUCCCGCUCCAGGCGUUGUCGCUUUUGGCGCGAAAGCCGGCUUUGAGGCUGUUAAAAGCCCCAUCGCGUGGAAGGGGUCGGUCGGGCUUGUAAGCUGCGGCGAAGACAUGGCCAAAUGGCUCGCAUACCUACCCACCGACCCUUAUUAUUCGCUCGCGUCAAAGCCUCGCACUCCUUCAUACGAUCCAGUCCGACCCGGCAACUCCAUACUGGAUAUUGGAGAACAGUAUGGCCUCGGUCUUUUCGCUGGGACCUUUCACGGAGUCCCCUAUACCGAACACUGGGCGGGAAUAGCGGGCUUUUCGGGCCUGCUUACCACACUCCCAUCGCUCGGGCUCUCGGUGGCGAGCAUGAGCAACAGCUGGGAGGCAAGGGAGAUGGGCAACCUCAUCGUGGGGGUCAUUGUCAGCCGCGUCCUCGGAUUGGAUGUUGGGCCCGUCAUCAGGGCAAUGACUGAGGAGAGAAUUGCGCGUAUCACCAAAGACUCAGCAGACUUCGAGGCCGUCGUCGGUGUCGAGCCGAGCUCAUCGUCACACAUCCUCGGCACCUACUUCGGUCCCGGUAUCGGCAGGCUCACAUUCAUGGACGCCGAUAACGUCAAGGUUCGACCUCGAUGCGCGGACCUACCCUGGCUCUGCUGGAUGUACGGAGAUAUCCGGCCGAUCGUCGCGUAUCUUGGCGAGGGACAGUACGCUGCCUGUCUGGAGUUCAAGGAAUGGGGAGGAGAUGGAAGCCCAGCUGGGGCCGUCAAGUACGGGUUUCCGUUCCGCUUCGAAAAGGUGGGAAAUGGCGACAAGCUCGAAGUGUCGCAGGUCUACCUGGGGCCGCCUUUCGUGCUGCACCGCGAGUAG